UCCCCAAGAUGGCGUCCUCGCAGAUAACGGAUGAAGAGCUUUUUUCACAACUCAAGACCUUCGGCUUCACUCCGGGCCCAGUUACCGAGCACACACGGCCGGUGUACCUGAAGAAACUGAAGAAGCUCCGUGAGGAGCAGCAGCUGCGAGGCCCCAGGGCAGCGAAGAGCCGCGGCGGCGGGAACGUUAGCAGCGCCGCUAGCUCGGCGGCAGCUAGGCCAGUCAGACAUGACGUCACGCAGCUGAGCACGAGCGCACGGUCCGGCCCCAAGUCUUCCGUUCUCGGCUUCAGCUCCGACGAGUCCGACGCGGAGGCGCCUCUGAAGCGGAAGGGCCUGAAUCAUGGCAGGAGGCUGAACCGAAGCACAACUUGUCCGCAGCAAGCCAGAGGAAGCUCGGGUUCCCCUCGAGCUCAUCCCCCCAGGCAGCAUGACGCCGAGAGCCCACCAGAGGACGGACACACCGGUGUCCCGCCGGGCUGGGACGGUGGGCACGGGUCCAGACAGCUCCACAACUCCAGAGACCAGGAACCAGUGAAGGCUUCACACUCCGUCAAUGGUCGCAGCAAACUAGCUGGGGAGUACUCGGACUCCGACGAGGAGGAGGACCGGAGGGGCUCGGGAGUCCGGAGCCACACGGCUGGGCCGUUUCCCUCCCGGGUCGGAGGCAGAACCAGGAACUCGCCUGGGCAUCAGAACAUGGUUGAAGAAGUUCAGAGGUCGGAUCUGGAGCCAGCAGGAGGUUCCCGGAGCUACAGGAGCUACGCAUCCCUCGGAGAGGACCACGCAGGACAAGCCAACAAAAACCACCACGUCCACAGCGAGGACCGGGUCCCCAUCGGGCUCAGACCGCGCCUGCUGAGCCGGCCCCAGACCCACACCAAGGCCAACCAUUCCAACCACAGCCCCGUCCCGAACCACUUUGUGGCCAAGAAGAAGCUGUCGGUACCAGAAGAUGAUCUGCUGCUGCAGUUCAGGAGAGAAGAGCUGCCGUCCUCCAGCAGCAUCAGCGCCCACUACCUGUCCAUGUUCCUGCUGACGGCCGCCUGCCUCUUCUUCCUGCUGCUGGGACUCAUGUACAUCCGCAUGAUGGGCUCCACUUCCCCCGAGGCUGUGGGUAAGGGUCCAGCGUCGUGGGCUGCUCAGAACGAACAGUUUCAAGCGUUUCUCCAUAGCUCUCUGGAGUGGGUGAUUCGUGCCAGCCAGGAUGUUGGUAUAAGGCUGGCUGGAGAAGCAGCUGACUCUCCUGUGACAGACGUAUCUGAGAUUGUUUGGUUAGAGUCCACACAUCCCAUGAUGCCAUUCAUGUGCCGGUUUCGCCGAGCCUUGCUCACCGUGUCUAGUAAAGUCCUCCUUGGUGCUGUCGUUGUAGGCUUAGUGUGGAGUGCGGUGUGCUACAUGAAGUACCGCUGGAGGAGGGAGGAGGAGGAGACGAGACAGAUGUACGACAUGGUGGAGAGCAUCAUAGAUGUGUUGAGGACCCAUGGAGAGGCCUGCCAAGAAAACCAGGAGCUGCAGCCCUACCUGCCGAUCCCUCAUGUCAGAGAUUCUCUGGUUCUACCUCAGGACCGGAAGAAAAUGACGAAGGUUUGGGCGCGGGCUGUGAAGUUUCUGUCAGCCAACGAGUCAAGGAUUCGAACAGAGGCUCAGAGGAUGGGUGGAGCGGACUUCCUGGUCUGGAGGUGGAUCCAGCCUUCUCUCAGCUCGGACAAGUCCAAAGUGUGGCAGGGAAAAGCGUUCCCUCUGGACCGGAGGAAUUCACUUCCCAACAGCCUCACUCCAUGUCUGAAGGUCAGAAAUAUGUUCGACCCGGUCAUGGAGGUUGGGGACAACUGGGACUUAGCCAUCCAAGAAGCCAUCCUGGAGAAGUGCAGUGACAACGAUGGCAUCGUCCACAUAGCUGUUGAUAAGAACUCCCGGGAGGGCUGUGUUUAUGUGAAGUGUCUGUCUCCAGAGCACUCCGGGAAGGCCUUCAAAGCUCUCCACGGCUCCUGGUUUGAUGGUAAGCUGGUGACGGUCAAAUACCUGCGCCUGGACCGGUACCACCAGCGCUUCCCACAGGCCCAGGGCUGCAGCUCUCCCCUGAAGGCUUCCAGCCUCGAUCAGAACCUUCUGGACUCCACGCCGUACCCGCAGCUGCUCGAGUCAACCAACUCUUCCAGCUCCUCCUGAGACCACUGGACCCAAACCUUCAGAACCUUUGGUUCUGUCCUCAGAAGGUUUCUCUUGAACACAGAGGCUGUUUUUGUUUUUAAAGUAUAAAAUGUAUAUUUCACGUGUGGAAAUCAAAGUUUGGAGUAUUUAAAGCUUCUCUUCGGUGGCGGGCCGUCACAGGAACCGGGUCGUUCCUCUGUCCAAUACGGAUCCUCCUGGUUCUGUUGCGUCUGCAGGGUGGAAGCAUUUUACAAUUCUCUGGUCCUGGAUUCAGAGCAAGAUGUUCUUCUGAUCCUGAAGCUCACGAGAAACUGGUCCAGAUCCAUUCUGCACCCAGAACGGGUUCCUCGUCUGUGUUCAGUUCUGGUUCUGGUCUCACUCUGACCCGACUCUUCUGACUCAACUCUCCACAGAUGAAUGCAGUGAGUUUGGAUUCAGUGGAAGUGGAGCAGAUGUUUUUACAGCUGCAGAUCAUCCAACCGUGCCUUACAGUACUCCCCCUGUUGGAAACUGGCCCUGAACUCCAGAACCUUCUCCAGCCAGAACCUUCUGAACGUUCCGACUGGAGAAGGUUCUGGAGCGAACGUGUUUAAAGUUUGGAUUUGGAGCGUUCUUGUCGAACCCAAAGCUCGCGAGUAUUUAUUUAGUUUGGGACGCAGCUCCAGUUUCCCGUCAGCGC